AUGGCGGAUCGAGACCUCCGGAAGGCGGAGUUAGAGCGCAAGAAGGCCAAAUUGGCCGAAAUGCGGAAAGAAAAACAAAGAAAGGAGGAAGCGAAAAAGUCUGAGAGAACUGUGGUCGAAGUGAAAAAAUCCGACCUCGACCAGAAAAGAGAUGAAACGCAAAUGCUACUCCAAAAUCUUGGUCUUCCGGAAGCUGCACCUCCUGCCGAGGUUGCUCAACCUCCCUCGCCGAAGUCAUCAACGGAUACGACCACGUCGGAAUCAGCCGAUAAACCUGGCUGCACACUUGACUGGGACGGGGAUCCGCUAUUGAUCCACCUCCAGCUCCCUUCAUUUCAAAUACCCACCACGCGAAAAAAGCCAAGACAACCACCAAAAUUGACAACAACUCAAGUUGCGCUACAUACGAUUCAACCAAAAGAGCUCAUCACUUAUGCUAAAGAAACUCAAACUUUAGUUGUCGAAGAGGAAGAAGAAGCUGACGAAGACGAAGUUGUCGUCGCAGAAAACAAAGAAAACGAAGCUCCAGCGGAAUCAACCACUACCGCCCAACCUGAAAAGAGGGAAGAAAAAGAAAAGCUACCGAAGCGUAUUUACACCGAUUCCGAAGCUGAAAGAGCGUCAAAUCAACCUGAAUUCUUGGCAUUUUUCGACCGAACGACGAGAAUUGUUGAAAGACUUCUUCAUGACCCAAAUGCAGAUAGCAAAUAUAUUUUUGCCGAUUACACCGGCGAAGCUGCAGAGCAAACAAUUCAGCAGCAAACCGACGCAGUUCGGGAAAGUCGCGUUUUCUUCGACGAACACUGGUCGAGAAACAGACUGUGUUCAUCUCUUGACUGGUCGCCACAAUUCUCGGAAUUGUUAGCUUCCUCAUAUCUCAAAAAUCCCGCGUCAGAGGUUGAUCCACACGGCAUUGCACUCAUCUGGAAUUCGAAGCUGAGCAAGACGGCACCUGAAUAUGUCUUCCACUGCCAGUCGCCUGUUACUAAAGUUAAAUUUGCAAAAUAUCAUCCAAAUUUAUUGAUUGGAGGAACUUAUAGUGGUCAAAUCGUUAUCUGGGACAACAGAACAUUCAAGAGGACUCCAGUCCAGAGAACAAAGCUAGGAGCAUCCGCGCAUACGCAUCCAGUUUACUGUAUAGACGUCGUGGGCAGUCAAAAUGCUCAUAAUGUUAUUUCCGUAUCUACUGAUGGCAAAUUAUGUUCUUGGAGUUUGGACAUGUUCUCGAAGCCACAGGAAUGCCUCGAGUUGCAAGCUAAAGCGAAUCAAAAAAGUGUCUCUGUAUCAGCACUGGCAUUUCCUGGAGAUUCUGUAAAUAACUUUGUUGUCGGCUCCGAAGAUGGAGUCAUUUACUCUGGCCAGAGACAUGCCAAUAAAAAGCCGGGAAUUUCUGACGCGUAUGAGAAACACGGAGCCAUGGUCACCGGUUUAGAUUGCCAUCGCGCGCAAUCUAAAAUGGACUUUUCGCAUUUAUUUCUUUCUUCAUCGUUCGACUGGACCGUUAAAUUGUGGUCUACUAAAAAUGAUACUCCUCUUCACAGCUUUGAGAACUUUGGUGCGUAUGUUUUGGACGUUGGAUGGUCGCCAAUUCAUCCGGGACUCUUUGCGGCUACUGAUUUGACUGGAAGACUAUCUUUCUGGAAUAUGAAUGUCGAUACUGAGGUACCGAUUGCUUCAAGCAUGGUCAACAACGGCUCUGAAGGCCUUAACUCGCUGGCGUGGCACCAGUCCGGCACGAUGCUCGCUACUGGAAGCCAAAACGGACGCGUAUCGCUCUUUGAACUCGGCGAGUCGCUCGCUCAACCUGCAGUCGACGAAUCUUCAAGAUUAAACCAGACCCUGACGGAGAUCUAUGCCCGUCUGGAAGAACAACCCGCUGCUAAAAGCAACCUGACACGAAAAUACGACCUUUAA